AUUUGCAGGUUCAUUACGAUUCUCUGUUAUUUCAAUGACGUCGAGCAGGGAGGAGAAACAGCAUUUCCAGUAGCUGACAAUUUCACAGUGAAGUGGAAGGUAGGAGAUUCUUAUAUUGCCCGGCAAUCCCUUGUAAAUGUCCAAGGUGAAGAAAAGUGUUACUGGUUUGCUGUCUACUGGAAUAUUUGUAAUAUUGGAUCACACGGAACCGAAAUUUCUGCUCAGUCCGUAGGUUUGACUUGUUAAUGUUUAACUAAUCAGUGUGCAAGUUAUACUCACGUAACAAAUUACGGUGUAAAUUUUAUCAGCACUCGUGUUUACAAGAGUUUAACAGAUAUUCGCAGUAACUGUCACUCAUAGGUCCGUGGGCGUAAAGAAGAAGUGUUCUAACUGCAAUUGCAAUGAACAAUAAAGAAAUAAAAUUCACGAUUUCAUGUCAUGCGGCUACGUACAGUAUCUCAAUUUGUUCGCUUUUUAUUCCCUCCUAGGACCUUGAAAAUGCAGAAGCGGUUGAAUAUAAUCUGAGUAUAAACUGUCAUACAGCCAACUUGGUUAUUCCUCCCAAGAAAGGCACCGCUGUCACGUGGUACAACAACUUCAUCGACCUGGACAGCGGUCUUCUUGGAAAGCUUGACCGAAACUUGUUGCAUGGUGGAUGUGAUGUAAUUAAGGGGGAGAAGUGGAUAGCUAACAACUGGCUGACAGCGCCUACUGUGGACUCUAAAUACCUUAAAAGUUCUUAUGAUGUUGGAUUCAGCGACUAA